UUUUUCAACUAUGUAAAAAUCAAAGUGCUCUCCCUACUCUGCACCUGCACAGAGAACCAUGGCUUCAACGACGGUAAAAUCAAUUAGCAGUGAUUAUGAUGAUAAUCAAGAUUACGAUCGUUUAGAAGAGGCGAAACGAUUCGACGACUCUAAACUCGGAGUCAAAGGCCUGAUCGACUCGGGCCUCACCUCAAUUCCCCGUAUCUUUAUCCACCCGUCCGAUGCAUUAGCCAACCUCAAACCCGUUCUCCGUCCUCGAUCCGAAGUCAUACCUACCAUUGACCUCUCCGGCUUUAAUUCCGACAGGAGACCCGCGAUUGUGGAAAAGCUUUCCCGUGCUUCUCGGGAGCUUGGAUUUUUUCAGAUUGUGAAUCAUGGAGUGCCGGUGGAGGUUAUGGACCGCGCAAUUAGUGGAAUCAAGGCGUUUCACGAGCAGCCAUCAGAGAUCAAGAAGCAGUGGUAUCGGCGAGAUGGGGGAACCGGCGUAUCCUUCAUCUCUAACAUCGACUUGUUUCGAGCUAAAGCUGCUAGUUGGAGGGAUACACUUCAGGUGAUGUUAGGUCCUAGCUUACCAGAACUAGAGAAAAUCCCAGAGAUAUGCAGGAAUGAGGUGAUUGAGUGGAAUAAACAGGCUACAAAUGUAGCAGAAAUGUUGAUGGAAUUGUUAAGCGAAGGGCUGGGAUUGGAUGCGGGAAGAUUGAAGAAGAUGUCAUGUUUGGAAGGCAAGACAAUGGUGGCACACUAUUAUCCACAUUGCCCACAACCUGAUCUUACUUUUGGGAUUACAUCACAUACAGAUCCUGGGGUUUUGACAGUGUUGCUCCAAGACCAUAUCGGAGGUUUACAGGUUAAGCAUGGUGAUGAAUGGAUUGAUGUUAAACCUGUUCCAGGAGCUCUUGUUAUUAACAUUGGAGAUAUAUUUCAGAUCCUAUCCAAUGAUGAAUACAAAAGUGUAGAUCAUAGAGUAUUGGCUAAUCCCUCACCAGAUCCACGGGUUUCUAUCGCUGUUUUCUUCAACCCUAGUAAGAGAGACUGUUUGUAUGGACCGAUCCCAGAGCUAAUAUCACCGGAAAAACCAGCUUUAUACAGGCAAUUCACGCUCACAGACUAUAUGAGGAGGUUCUUCUCAAAAGAUUUGGAAGACAAGACCUUGACAAAUUUCUACAGGCUUUGACUCUAAGGUAAAACUUGAAAAUUUACUGUGGAAUAAUGUAUUCGUACUAUAUUACUUUGUAAUAUUUAUAUAUCUAUACACACACAUAUGAAAUUGCUAAAUGUUCAAGCAAUUAUUCAAGAUAGUAACUAGCUGUUUAAUAUGAUGUCUUUUUUAUUAUGUAGCAGUAUGCCAUAGAUAGCAGUGGCAGUUUAUAUAUAUUUUUAUAUAUAUAAUAAAAAAAUAACAUUGUUAAUGCCAUUA